CUAAUAUUUUAAUCUAUUCUUGCAAUGAUCGAAUUUUCGAUAAACAAACAUGAAAAACAAAUAAACAAUGCUGAUGUUAAACAAGGAAGCAACCUUGAAAUUAAAUGCGUUAAAAGAAGCACGAAAAUAGAUGCAAUGACUGAAUGAGCUUAUUCUUCUGAAGGUUUACAGGCUGUUUUGUGGCUUUUGUGGAUUUAGGAAUCAAAAGCGUUUGCCCACUCGAGGCAAGGCACCAGUGUUUGGUUGGCCAGUGUUACGUCAUCAAGUUGAAGUGAAAGCCACCGGAAAAUUUUUCGCAAGAAUUCUGUGUUCGAAAUGUGGGCAUUCCCUUUGCUCGACGUUGAUUGGCUAGUUAUGGAUGUCCCCCGAUUUGUUUCCUUUUUGAUUUGCAGUUUAAUCGUAAAAUGACGCAACUUGAUUGGCUGACUGUAAUUUAUGCAAGACCAAUUUUCUGGAGAACAACAAGCGUGAGGCCUACUCAGUCCGAAGUUCAACUUGCAUGUGAGAGCCGUGAUUUACAGGCAGAGUGAAGUUGAUGGCAUGGACAAACCUGGGAAUGCAAUGAAACCUGAGUAUACUGCAGGGAAAAUCUGGUGUAUAGUUACACAGCCUGAUGCGAUAUGUGUUUCGUUGAAAUUGCGUGAAGAUGCGAAAGGACAGGAUCUUUUAGAUGAGGUUUGUGAAAAGCUGGGCAUCGUUGAAGCCGACUAUUUUGGACUUCAGUACACAAGUAGUCGUGGAGAGAUUUUUUGGCUGAACUUGAGGAACAGAAUUUCACGUCAGGUUACCAAACCAGAGCCAUACUCAUUCUUCUUCAGCGUAAAGUUUUACGUUCAACCGUAUCAAGUUAUCCAGGGUUCUACAAGGCGACAGUUUUUCCUUAAUGGAAAAAGAGAUUUGGAAGCUGGAAAGCUCAGGCCAAAUAGGGAACAAUCAGUAAGGAUUCAGGCAUUGAUAGCUCAAAUAACCGAUGGAAAAUUCAGAGAAAACCAUAUUGCAUAUAAUCCAUCAGUUACCCGUGAUUGGCCUAACGAUUUUCGAAGCGAAGUGAUCAUGGAACAUUGCAGGCUCGGGGGAAUGCCCAAAGAAUCGGCAGAAUAUCGAUUUCUCGAAGAAUUAUCCAAACUUGAGGACUAUGGUACUGAAUAUCAUUCCGCUAGAAGUGAAGACAACAAACAGCCAAUCCUUAUAGGUGUUGGAAUCGAAGCUCUAAAAAUAGGCAAACAGCAGGAAAACAAUGUUGAAAGCCUGCCAUACAGCUGUUUGCACAUGGCAACACACAAUGGUAGAUGUGUUAAGUUGGAUGUUUACUCGAACGAGCAGCGGGACACUGAUGCAAUCGUGUACAGGCUAAGCAGUAAAGAGGCAGCGUGUGCACUCUACAGGUCUAUAACAGAACACCAUGCUUUCUUCAGAUGUGACAGUAUUGGCACUGCUGUUAAGGAACAGGUUUCAAAUGACAUUUUCGAUACUUUCAAGAAUUUCUUCUAUGAAGAAAGUGCUGAACAAAAUUACAUUUUUGAUACUGUAAGGACUUGUAGAGAGGCGUAUGAUCAUGCUAGAAGGAUUCUCUUUAAUUUUGGGUCAUCAACUGCACAAUCAAUGGAUAAAAAUAAGCAUGAAGAUACCUCUGAUGAGGAAAAUGGGGAUUUAUCAAAGACAAAUUCAACUGAGCUACAGGAAAAACUGGACUGUCUCGUAGAAUCCUGUUUGUGCCAAGCUUGCAGGGACAAACCAAUAAACACAGCUUUUCAGUGUGGACAUAUGUUUGGGUGCAGUGAUUGUGUCACCAAACUAACUCAUUGUCCUUUAUGUCGUGCAGAAAUCAAAACUGUUAUUCCAGUUUUCUUGCCUGUAGAGUUAGAUUUUGAUCGGUAGGGUUUUUAUGCAGAUGGGAAGGGUCGUCACUGGGUUUUUUUUACAACUGUGUAUUUCAGAUAGAUUGGUCAAAUCAAAGCAUGAAUACCAUUUUGACUUAAGCUUUUUCUUUCAGCCAUCAUGACUGAAAUAUAAAACAUGCACAAUUGUUGAUUUUGAUGUUUUAUGACGCAUAUUUCGGUGAUUUUGGAACAACUACAAUUAGUACUUUAUAAAAACCUGCAACCACUUUGUUUAGUUGUGUACUUUACUUUGAUUUGACUAUUGUUGUUGUUAUAUAUGUUUAUAAGUAUACACAUUUACCUCCUACACACAAAUGUAUAGACACAUGCUCACAUAUUAAUAAGCUUACGUAUUAAUAAGCUUACGUAAAAGGUUACCACAUACAGAUAUUUAGGCCUUCUUAUAUCACUGCAUUGUCCUAACAGGAAAUUUAUGUUCCACAACAAAUUGUUCAGUAGCUGGGGUUUUGCAAACAGCACGUUUAUUAUAGAGGUUUAAAGCAUUUUGUUAUUUUUGUUGUUCACAAAUGGUUAAUGUUUGGGACUAUCACAAAUUUAUUAUAUAUCAUUCACCAGCCUGUCUUAGUAACUCCAUUGAUUGCAUAUUCUCUUUUAUUCAACAACAUUAUGGUCGUUUUCCUAACCCUGCUACUUUUAAUGUAUUUAUAAGGUCUCUGGAAUCAUUUUGGCAUCUACACGUCUUGACCAUAAGCUGUUUUGAUAUUUUAUACGCCCAGGUAGUUGAAUUGUUUAGUUGUUGUGUUGCUUGAUUGUGAUGCUGGCUUCACACCUAGACCAACUGGCGUUCUCCGAAACAAGCCGUACCCCAGUUCGCAUUGUUUACAAGUGUAUUCGUUUAUAUCAAUAACGAAGUAUCGCGUAACUUGUCUGCUUAUGGAUGUACUCGCUCAGUAUGUCUGUGAGCUCAUCGAAAACAUUCAGGCCUAGAUUAAAGAUUAUGGGAGCAAGGUCACUUGUUGCAGCCAGAAGAUUACGAGAUUCAAACAAGACUUUAAUAUAUUUUCGUGAAACUCUUAUUCAUGCCGAUUCUGAGCUCUCUAUGGGGCGUUGCAUAGAUUCUUUUUACAACAAAUAUGUUGAAUCAUUUUGAAACCAAAUGAUCGCGGCCAUUCAAGUACCAUGAAUAGAGCGAGUUUCCCCGUAAUCAGCUGAUUUGCAUCAACACAGGCCGUAGCAUAGCAAACGGUUUAUCAUCGCCACUAUAUUUUGAGAUAACUUCGAGAUGUUUCUUUUUAAUUAUGGUUCGUUUUACAUUGUAUCUUAUUUACAUUUUUGCGUUAAAACCACUGUAUAUAUAUAUUAAUUAGUAUUUGCGCUCUUAUUUGAAAUAUAUUAUUAAACACAUUUACAAAA